AUGCAGGCGGACCAACAAUCCCUUGCAACACUCUCAAAGUAUCUGGCCGACACCGUCUCCCCUGAUGCCACUACUCGCCGCACAGCCGAGGACUCGCUUCGCAAGGCAGAGGCUCAGCCGGGCUUCCUCCAAGUUGUCCUCGAGCUCGUCCGUUCUGACAGCGCCGACGUGGUCGUCCGUCAGGCUGCCGGAGUCUACUUCAAGAACACUGUCAAGCGUCUCUGGGCCGGCGAGGAGGACGUCCAGAUCGCAGCGGGUGACAAGACGGCUGUUAAGAACCAGCUGGUGCCUUUGAUGAUUGCGCUCGGAACAAAGCAGACUGCUCGCCUUCAGAGCCAGAUUGGAGAAGGUCUCUCGACCAUCGCCUCCAUCGACUUUCCCGAACAGUGGGAGGGUCUUGUUGACGAGCUCGUCAACAGCUUGACCCCGGACAACUUUGUUGUUAACAAUGGUGUGCUGGCGACAGCGCAUUCGAUCUUCAAGAGGUGGCGCUCGCAGUUCCGCUCUGACAGGUUGUUCUCCGAGAUCAACUUCGUCCUCGGCCGCUUCAUGGAGCCACACUACCAGCUCUUCCAGCAUGUCGACUCCCUUCUUUCCUCUGACCAGCCUCUUCCUCCCAACUCCUCUGCCCCGCUUCUAGGCCAGGCGCUCCUCUCUCUAAUCCAGCUCUUCCACGACCUGUCCUCGCAAGAUCUUCCGCCGUUUAUUGAGGACCACAUGUCGCAGUACAUGGGCUGGUUGUUGAAGUACCUCAGCUGGGAGCGUCCAGAGCUCAAGGGUGACGACGACGACGAUGCGCCUGGACCACUGCAGAAGAUCCGCGCAUCCAUCUGCGACGUCGCAGAGCUGUUCGCGCAGAAGUACGUCGAGGAGUUCCCGCAGUUGGGCGAGUUUGUCAACGGCACUUGGCAGAUGCUCACAAACGUGGGACUGGGCACUCGUGACGACGUCCUUGUCUCGCGUGCCCUCAAGUUCCUCUCUGUCGUCGUUAAGAUGGGCAGCCACCGCGACAUGUUCGCCUCCCCGGACACGCUCAAACUGUUCUGCGAGAAGAUUAUCCUGCCCAACAUGUCUAUUCGGGAGCACGAGGAGGAGAUGUUCGAGGACGACCCGAUUGAGUACAUUCGCCGUGACCUCGAGCCCUCCGCGGAGAGCGACACUCGUCGUGCAGCUGCGACCGAGUUUACCCAAUCCCUGAUGACUCACUUUGAGUCCGAGGUCACCAACAUCAUUCAGACGUACAUCAGCACCUUCCUCGCUCAAUACCAGCAGAAUCCCCAGGCCAACUGGAAGAGCAAGGACACCGCCGUCUACCUCCUCACCUCGAUCGCUUCGCGUGGCUCAACUGUGCAGCGUGGCGUCACCUCGGUCAACGUCCUUGUUGACGUUGUCGACUUCUUUGGCAAGAACGUUUUUGCAGACCUCCAGGCCGCCCCCGGCUCUGUCCACCCCAUCCUCACGGUCGACGCCAUCAAGUACCUGUACACUUUCCGCAACCAGCUCACCAAGGCGCAGCUCGUGUCGGUGCUUCCCCUGCUCGUGCAACACCUUCAGUCUGACAACUACGUCAUCUACUCCUAUGCCGCCAUUGCCAUCGAGCGCAUUCUGUUCCUAAAGGACGAGAACCGCCAGCCUCUCUUCACUCCAGUGGACGUCCGUCCGUUCGCGGAGAGUGCGCUCAUGGCCCUCUUCGGCCAGAUCGAGAAGGGAGCAACCCCGGAGAAGGUUGCUGAGAACGACUACCUGAUGAAGUGCGUCAUGCGCAUAAUUAUCAUCGCCCGUGGUGAGCUCGCUCCGCAGUACGAGAACGUCCUCAACCGUCUUGUCAACAUCCUCGGCCAGAUUAGCAAGAACCCUAGCAACCCCCGCUUCAGCCAGUACUCGUUCGAGAGUGUUUCGGCUCUCAUCCGCUUUGUCUGCGAGGCGCAGCCCGCCACGCUGCACAAGUUCGAGACCGCCAUCUUCGGCCCGGCUGAGGUUAUCCUGCGCGAGGACAUCGUCGAGUUCAUCCCCUUCAUCUUCCAGAUCCUCGCUCAGCUCCUCGAGCUGCACGCUCCUGACGACCUCUCGGGCGAAUACCAGCAGCUCCUCACUCCGCUUCUCUCAGCCCAGCUCUGGGAACAGCGCGGCAACAUCCCUGCUCUCACGCGCCUGUGGAAGGCGCUGCUCAUGCGCGGCGCCAAAGUCAUUGUCGCGAACAACCAGCUCCAGGGUCUCCUCGGCAUUGUCCAGCGCCUCAUCAACUCGAAGAUCAACGAUGUCUUCGCGUUUGAGCUCCUCCAGGCGAUGUACGAGUUCGUCCCUCUGUCCGACAUGCAGCAGUACUCGCAGACGAUCUUCAUGCUCAUCCUCACGCGGUUGCAGACAAAUUCGACUCAGCAGUUCUCGCAGGCGGUCGUCUACUUCCUCUGCUACCUUGCGGCAGUGGACAGCGUUGGUCCGGAUGCCGUCGUCGCCAUCAUCGACGCCAUCCAGCCCGGUCUCUUUGGUCAGCUCAUGAAGGGUGUCGUGCUCCCCAACACCCAGAAGGCGCCACAGCGCAGCCGCCGUCUCAUUGAGGUCGGUCUGACCAAGUACCUCACCAUGUCGGAUGCGCUCGUCCAGCAGCCUGGUGUCCAGUUCUGGUCGCCUAUCUUCCUUGCCUUGGUGGACCUCUUCACUCUCCCUCAAGACCUGACCUACGCCACUGGCACUGCCGACGACCUGACGGCACUUGACCCCGAGGACGCCGGCUUCCAGUCGAGCUUCACCAAGCUUGGCGCGUCUGAGCGCACGGCCCACGACCCAAUUAAGAACAUCCCGGACACGAAGAAGUACGCGAGCAGCCAGCUCGCACGACGCAGCAAGGAGCGCCCAGGUGUCCUCUCUCCUCUUGUUCAGCAGACGGGGGCUGCUGAGGGCAGCAAGGUGCCCCAGUUUGUCCAGUACAUGAACGCCAACGGCGAUACCAUUGUCUAG